CGUUUGAUUUAAUGUGGCUGUUAGGGUUUCCAGUGAAUCCGGAUUGGAGAGGUUUGGAUAUGCCAUGAGGACUGCGGUAUUCUUGUAAAUUCGCAGAUUGGGCAAGCCGACUCCCGGGUUUCCAAUACUGAGCCCGUUUACCCUCUAGAAAACACCUUUUGACGAUCCGAAUUCGAGAGCACGCUGAAACGGAGGUAGCGAUUCGCCGGCAGCCGACAAAAAAAGAAUGUGGUUUGAGACGGUGGAGCAGAGGUAAGACCACGAGCUUGAGAAGUUAUUAAUAGUCAGAGAAGGGGGUUCCUGGCGGCUCGACCGUCAGAACUUGUUCCCCUGUUUCUAGCGUUGGCAAGCGGAGUGAAGUUGUUGGUCAAGAAGGGAUGAGUGAUCGAUUGGAGAGGAUCGAGCAGUCUGGUUAAGCGCCUGUCUUCGAAAAGCCGACCCCAUCGAUACUGCGCUAACCGUACAUAGUAUAGCGGAUCCCCCACCGAGGCGGCUCUUGACCACUAGUGAGGAAAAAAGGCGAGAGCACUCUGGACAAAACGAGGAUCAAAAAGCCCUUCCGCGCAAUGGGUGAUGGGACUUUUUAUGGUACGGUCGUAGAUUACUAUUUGUAGCUCGUACCUGAGGAGAUCGUUCUUUUGGUACAAGUCAGAUCUCCCCAGCUUUUGCCCCUGGUCCUUCUUCUGCUACUUUUGCCCGUUUCUCUUACACUCUUCUCCUUUUUGCGAGCAGAGCGUCUAGUUUUUACCUUGCUGUAGAUUCUCUAUUUUUCUCUGGCCUCGUUAUCUUUACUUAUAUAGCUCGACCACUUUCCUAUACCUAACCUUGUCCAAACUGUGGUUUUGCGGGCGGACCUGGAGGAGGCAGGAUUCCACUUAGCGCCUUUCCAUCCAUCACAAAGCUUUCCACCAUCCCCUCGACUUGUCACCGUCUUUUUUCCUUCUCAGCAACUGUUUGCUGCUUGAUUGUAUAAUCUAGCGUGUCUCUUUUUCUUUGCUUUUCUCUUUCUUUAUUCCUUUUCACUUUUCUCUUUCCUCGUCUUGCUCCGAGUCAACUACCCUACAUCUCGUUUCCUCUCCUGUUCCCCCCUCCUCUCCUUGGACGCCUCCAUCCCCGCGUCGCUUUUUCCGCCUUCGACCACCACCGAAUUCCAGUCACAGCGUAACACGCUGCAUCGUCCCGUCACAGGCGAUUGUCAUAUUGUCCUCCACUACCUAGCCAAACGCUGCUGUCACCCCCUCGCUUGCGGAUUUAUUCUGUGAACUCCAGCCUUCUCGUGUACGCCGCAAACCUGUGAUUCUCUUCAACAAUGGCGGAUAACGUGUCUGCUUCGACCACUUCGUCCCAUCCGCCGCCGCAAGCUUCAACUGCUGUCUCGAACCAACAGUACGAUUCCUCUCAGGGAAAUGGCCAGACCAAUCCCUCCCACAUGCCUCCGCCGCCUCGCCCACCCGUAGUGAUUCCUCAGAACACAAACCCCAUCCCGACCGCGAUUACAUCUCCGAUGUCUGGGAAUAUGGUGUCUCCCACCAGCGCUGGUGGAUAUGUGCGGCGUGCAGCCCCUGAGCCAAACAAGCGGGCUCUCUACGUCGGCGGUCUCGAUCCCCGAGUGACGGAAGACAUACUGAAACAAAUCUUUGAGACCACUGGCCAUGUUGUCAGCGUCAAGAUCAUUCCCGACAAGACCGUAAGUUCUACAAAUGGAAACAACUAUGGCUUCGUCGAAUUUGACGACCCAGGUGCCGCCGAGAGGGCUAUGCAGACGCUGAAUGGGCGCCGGAUCCAUCAGUCGGAGAUCCGUGUGAACUGGGCAUACCAGUCCAACACCACCAACAAGGAGGACACUUCCAACCAUUUUCACAUCUUUGUCGGCGACUUGAGCAAUGAAGUCAACGACGAGGUUCUUCUUCAAGCCUUUUCAGCCUUUGGCUCGGUUUCCGAGGCGCGCGUGAUGUGGGACAUGAAGACUGGUCGCUCCCGCGGCUAUGGCUUCGUCGCCUUCCGUGAUCGCGGAGACGCAGAGAAAGCGUUAAGCUCGAUGGAUGGGGAAUGGCUCGGUUCUCGCGCCAUCCGCUGCAACUGGGCUAAUCAAAAGGGGCAACCGUCCAUUUCCCAGCAGCAGGCAAUGGCUGCAAUGGGCAUGACACCGACAACGCCCUUUGGUCAUCACCACUUUCCUACUCACGGUAUCCAGAGCUACGACAUGGUUGUCCAGCAGACCCCGCAGUGGCAGACCACUUGCUAUGUGGGCAACCUUACCCCUUAUACCACGCAGAAUGACAUCGUGCCCCUCUUCCAGAACUUUGGCUACGUUAUUGAGAACCGUAUGCAAGCGGACAGAGGAUUCGCGUUCAUCAAGAUGGACAGCCACGAGAAUGCCGCGAUGGCCAUCUGCCAGCUGAAUGGCUACAAUGUCAACGGCCGUCCCUUGAAGUGCAGCUGGGGUAAGGAUCGUCCUCCUACCGGCCAGUUCGAUAAUUUCUCUGGUCAGCAGGGCAACUCGUCUUUCAAUUCCAGCCCAGGUCCGUAUUUCCCUCAGUACAGUGGCCCUGGGGGUCCCAUGACUCCUCAAGGUCCAGCGCCCGCUGGAAGAGGUUGGGAGCAGCCAGCGAUGGCUGGCCAGGGCUACGGCCAAGUUCCAGGCAAUGCCGGCUAUGGCCGAGGACAAGGCACGCCCAACCCUGGCUGGAAUCAGCCCAACAGCACCAGCUUCGGAAAUGGAUUUGGUGGCUACCAACAGUAGCAUGUCGACAAUUCGCCAACCAUAUCUGUCACAUCCGUGAGGACUUGACUUUCCUCUUUGUUUCCUCCACUCCCUUCCUAACUGUCCUUGUAUCUUCGACCAUCACCACAUCCCGAAUCGACUACUUCAUCCCCUUCUAUCUGUGCUUGUGCUUGUUGAUGAUUACCUACUGGAUCUCUGAGCGCCAUUUUUCCAUUCUCGAAUUGUCUUGUUUUCUGAAAUGAAAUUUGUGUGUUCUCGUGCACCAAUACCCCAAGUCCACAUUGUUGAGCCAAAUUUCGUCUGCUCUUUCUUUGAACGAUACUGCACCUCUUCGAUCAGAGUCAAGCUUCUUGGGCUUCGGAUUCAAGCGUCCUGCGGAAUAAACUAAAAGUACUUUCUUCCUGUCCCCACACCAUGGUUGAGCCCGUUUUGGACCCCUAUAUCUGAUUAAAAUGUCUUUGAAUCUGUAUCGUAUCUCUUUCGUAUGUACGAGCGGUCUUGGAAAGACCUGCUAUUUCCCAUCGGCCAUAUCAGAAUUCCUGUGCGAUAGUUCUCUGUUCCUUUCAUGGCUGCUGGUAUCCCUUUCAUGUUAUUCUUGUGCUCCUGAAACUUUUUCUUCUUUAACGGCCUCAAGAUUCCCUCCCAUUGCUUACUCUAUAUCACCAGCUUAGACCAUUCAUAGUCCAUUUAGGUCCUGAAUCAUACCGCAGGCGUUGUAUCACUUCAAAGUACUCGCAGGAUAAUCGUCGCUUGGAAAGUUGGGAAAGUGAUACACUGGGU